AAAAACUAAUUACUCGAAUAUGCGGAUUAAGAUUCUAAGUCUCCUUCACGGUAUUAUUAUCGGUGUCAUUAUCAACCCGUUACAUGGAUAUCAGUACCAAAGUAGACAGUAUAGUAAGAGUAAUACAGAAUGGGAGUUACCAAACUUACUAGAACUAGGUAAUGGAGUCGUAAACUUUCUCAAUCAGAAUCAACAUUACAUUGAACAGGAAUUACCGAACACGACACCGCAUUCCGGAGAUACAUAUGAUUUUAUAAUAAUCGGUGCUGGUACUGCCGGCGCAACGUUAGCCGCAAGAUUGAGCGAGAUUUCUCAAUUCAAGGUACUACUAAUCGAAGCUGGCAUCCACGAGAACCUUUUCAUGGAUAUUCCAGCAUUCGCCUUUGGCCUACAAGUUACUGAUACUAUCAAUUGGAAUUAUCGAACCAAACCGUCCAACAAGUAUUGUCGCGGCAUGAAAAAUAAUAGAUGCUAUUAUCCGAGAGGAAAAGUAGUUGGUGGCAGCAGUGUCUUAAACUUUAUGAUAGCUAAUAGAGGCGGUGCCGAAGAUUACGAUCGAUGGGCCGAGUUGGGGAACGUAGGUUGGGCAUAUAAGGACGUUCUUAAAUAUUUUAAAAAGCUGGAAACAUUUGAUAUUCAAGAGCUGAAGGCAAAUGAUACCUAUCAUGGUACCGAAGGACCAGUACAUAUCAAUUACCCGAAAUUUCAUACUCCAUUGGCAGAAGCUUUUUUAAAAGCAAGCAUGGAGAUGGGAUAUCCGCUAACAGAUUACAACGGAAAGAACGAAAUAGGUUUCUCAUAUGUACAGGCAACAAUUAUAAACGGCAUCCGCAUGAGUAGCAAUACGGCAUACUUGCAUCCAAUACACAAUCGCAAUAAUCUUUACAUGACUCUUCAAAGCACGGUAACAAAAAUACUGAUCGAUAGUAUUACAAAUCGAGCAAUAGGCGUACAGUUCAUCAAGUAUAAUAAAAUUACAAGUGUAUUUGCGAAAAAAGAAGUAAUUCUAUGUGCAGGUGCUAUAGGAUCACCACAACUAUUGAUGCUAUCAGGUAUUGGACCAGCGAAACAUCUUACUGAACUAGGCAUAAACGUAGUAAAAGACGCACCAGUUGGCGAGAAUCUCAUGGAUCAUGCAGUUUUUUUAGGAUUAACGUGGACAAUAAACAAACCGAUAAGUUUCAAGCUAUACGGAGAUUUUAAUCCCAUUGAAAAGCCAUUUGUAUCAGAUUAUUUAAACAAGCGAAUGGGACCAUUAACGUCACCAGGCGCUUGCGAGGCCCUUGGUUUCAUCAAUACAAAACAACCAGAAAGGCAUAACGGUUUACCGGAUAUCGAAUUACUGUUUGUUGGUCUUACAGUAAAAGAUUUUUUUACUCCAAGAAUGAUAUUUAAUCUUAAAGACACAAUAUCUCAGCAAUGGUCCAAGUACCAAAACAGUUACGGUUGGACCACUCUGGUAAUAUUGUUGAAACCAAAAAGUCGUGGUAGAAUAACGUUAUUAGCUAAUGAUGUUAAUGUUAAACCAGAAAUUAUGCCAAAUUAUUUCGACGAUCCAGAUGACGUAAAAACCAUGAUCGCAGGUAUUAGAAGUGCGAUACGCCUUGGUCAAACAAAAACGAUGCAGACGUUUAAUUCUCAAUUGAUAAAUAUUACUUAUACAGAAUGUAAUAAGUACGAAUAUGAUUCUGAUACUUAUUGGGAAUGUGUAAUAAGGAUAAUAACUGCCACGCUUUAUCAUCCUUGCGGCACUUGUAAAAUGGGACCUAGUGGAGACCCAACUGCUGUCAUCGAUCCCAGAUUAAAGGUAAUCGGUAUUCAAGGUUUACGAGUGGUAGAUGCGUCCAUUAUGUCUGAAAUUAUAUCGGGGCACAUAAAUAUCCCUGUAUAUAUGAUUGCCGAAAAAGCGGCAGAUAUGAUUAAAAAAGAUUGGAAUUACUUGGCGAAAUCAAAAUAGUAAUAUACUUUCAUGAAAUAAUUGUGCGCAUGUGUGUGUAUGUGUAUGUAAAAGAUAGACAUUCAAGAAAACAAAAAAAUAU